CAGGUAGCCUCGGUUUUAGUUAAGGGCAUCUGUGCUGUUUUGUACUGUUGGAUUGGGGAGAAAAUGUAAAAUUAAGGAAGGACAGUUUUUUUUAUUUCAAACCUAUCAGUUUGAAGUUGUCAGCAGGACAAUCAAAAGAGAGUUUUUGUUAUUAAUUGACAGGUAUAUCUUUCUAUCCUGACAUGGCAACAAAUAACUAUUUGUUCUCGGCAGCCAUUGAUUUUGGAACAACGUAUUCUGGGUAUGCGUUUUCCACAAGAAAUGAUUUCCAAACGUCUCCAUUAAACGCAUCCUGCAUGACAUGGACGGCGGGAUCAGGGCGCCUCCAGUCCCUGAAGACGUCCUCCUGCGUACUAUUCAAUCCAGAUGGGGAGUUUGAUUCUUUUGGAUUUGAAGCAGAGGACAAAUACUCUGAUCUCGCAUUAGAGGACGACCACAAAGCAUGGUAUUUCUUCAGAAGAUUCAAAAUGACACUUUACGAACAAGGAGAUAUAAAGCGACAUUUCGAGCUGAGAGAUAUGAACGGAAAACGAAUGCCAGCUUUGAAAGUGUUUUCAUCCAUCCUUCGAUAUCUGAAAAAUCAGCUCCUAGGCGAAUGUGCGAAACAGGGUUUUGAAAGCGUGGAUACAGACAUACAGUGGGUGCUGACAGUCCCAGCUAUUUGGAGUGAACCAGCCAAACAGUUCAUGCGAGUGGCAGCAGUGGAUGCCGGUUUACCAAGUGAGCAGUUGAUUUUGGCGCUGGAACCAGAGGCUGCUUCUCUUUUCUGUAAACAUCAACCCGUUCAGAGUAUGGUGGACGGUGAAGGCAAGAAGAUGGGUGUCUUUAGACAUGGAACCAAAUAUAUGGUCCUUGACGCAGGAGGUGGAACAAUUGACGUUACCGUUCACCAAGUCCAAAAAAACGAAACAAUAAAGGAAAUCCAUAAAGCAAGUGGUGGAAACUGGGGAGGUACCAGCGUUGAUGACGAAUUUGAAUCCCUGCUGUCUGAUAUAGUAGGUGAACAAAUAUUCAGGGAGUUUAAGAAUGACUCCGUAGAGGACUUGCUGGAGUUGUAUCGCAGUUUUGAAGUGAAGAAAAGGUCAAUAUCAAAAACAAUGGAGGGAAAGAUCACAUUCACUGUUCCGGUUAAACUACUGGAGAUAUUCCGGAAACACCAUCCCAAUGACAAAAUGGACAGGUUCAUAAAGGGCAAUCCGAAAUACAGCUCUGAUGUGAUCUGGCGUGGGGACAAACUUCGAAUGUCUAAGGCGCUCACAAUCUCCCUGUUUGAUCGAUCUCUGCGGAACAUCACUGAUCAUUUAGACCAGAUUGUAUGUCAUCCAAACGUCCAAGACUUAUCAGCCAUACUUAUGGUAGGCGGAUACUCGGAAUGUCCAAUACUACAUGACGCCGUGAUAGAGAGGUUCCCAAACCUGAAAGUGAUAGUUCUACGAGAGGCCGGCCUGGCUGUGCUGAAGGGAGCCGUCAUCACUGGUCACUGCCCAAACAACAUCGCUGAAAGGAUAUGCCGUUUCACUUACGGAGUUAGUUGUAGAAUGAAAUUCAAAGAAGGAGUUCACAAAGAAGAGUACAAAUGUAUAGAUGAGGACGGUGACACCCGUUGUGGAAAACUUUUUGGAUAUCAUGUCUCAGUUGGCGAUUCUGUCACAUUAGGAAAAUCAUGUCAAAAACACAGAUAUCGUGUUAUGCGUUCUACGGAUACGUCUAUAACCAUCUAUAUACAUGCGUCCACUGAACCGUCACCAAUGUACAUUACAGACAAGUCUUGUCAAGAACUAGGUUCCCUGAAAAUCAGCAUGCCCGACACAUCCCUAGGCAGAGACAGACAAGUCGAUGUUUCCAUGACGUUCGGUGGCACGGAGAUAGAGGUGGAGGCCGUAGACAUACACACUAAUGAGAAACACACUGCUUUCUUUGACUUCCUUGGAUAAUAUUAACGCAAUCAUCACAAGGAUCACACGGUGUCAUGUAACUUCAGCGAUGGUUAGUGUUAAGCUGGCACAGCUGAUGAGAUUUUCCUCAGUUUUUAACUUUCACAUACUGUAACAUACAUGUACAUCUAUAUUUUCUUCUCAUCCGAUUAUCGACUUGCAUGUGAUCCAUAUGGUAAUCGAAGGUCAACACGACAGGUUAUUGUGGUCAGACUAUAGCUGCGUUUACUUUUCAUAUAUACUGAUCUAUUGAUGGUGAACAAUGCAAGAUCAAGAGAUAGGGCCGAAUACAAAUGCCCACUUUUUCCUUAAUUGCAAUAAUUUCAUUGAUAUGUAGUCGCUAAUGUAAUGCAAUGUAAAACUGCUAUGUUAUUGGGGUUAUAAAUACAACGUUUUAAAAACCAUAGGAGAAAACGACAUUUAACAACAAUGGUAUUAAGUCGAUACUAUUCUGAAUAUAAAUCUCACUAACCAGGAACAUGUCUUUGAUUUCGAUUAUCAACUGUUUUCUGUGGUUUUGUAUUUAUCCAGAGUGAAUAGAUAACAUUGUUUGAUCUUGUCUGCGUUGAGGCCAUCGCCUAUAUCAUUGAUAACAUCUAUUUCUGGCAAGGAACAUUAAAGGUUAAUUAUAACUCAUUACACAAAAUAUCAAUCUUUAUAAAACAUACUUUAAACUGGGAUGUUUUUUCGAUGACGUAUUUGUUAAAGACUUACAAUAAUUUAAAAAACUAUAUAUAGUUUGCCAAACAAAGAGAAAAACUUUACAUAGGGCCAGAUUAAAUGAUGUUAUUUUUCUGGGUUCUUCGUACCCUCGGGACCUAGUAAUUAUGAAUAUAUUUGGUUUUCAUAAUGCAAAUAACCUUUAAGAUAGCAUUUCUAAAACAUAAUUUGAGUUGAACGUUAAGGUUACAUGGUAAUGUUUUCUAGUAGUUCGUCUAUAUUUUUUUCUAUUUAUACUUUUAACAAGACAUUUGGUCAGUUCAAAAGUUUUGUCGAAGAGGGCAGCGAAUGUUUAUGAAGAGAGUACCGUAGUCACUAGAUAAUAAAUAGAAAAUACAAAGUCAUUGAACAUGUUUGUUAUAAGUAUCACCGUCUUCAGUCUAAUUUUAUCCUCUUGAUCGAAUCGAGCAGGAACAACAUUACUACAAAGCGGGAUUCUACUGCGGAGAUAGUCAGAAACGUGUUAGUUAUUAAGUUACAGUUAGGGAGUUGAGUAGUUAAGACAUAGAAACAGGGUUAAG